AGAUCACUCAGUAUGUUGACAUUUCAUCGACGAUUAACAGAAUGCCUGAACAGAGUGAAAGUGUAGCUGAAAUGUAUCAUUGUCAAGUUAUAUAACCACUUUUCGAGAACAACUCUUUCAGAGAUGCUCCCGGUUAUUAGUUAACAGCGACCGUAAAUCACAAAAGCAAUAUAUAAGCCCUUACCUCCGGGAAGAUUUUGUGGAGUAAUCCUUUCAGAAGACAUUGAAGAGGGGUUAAAAUGUCUGUAAUUUCAUGGGAAAGCGAGGAAAAACGAAACUUUGUUUGCAUGAACUAUAUUAUGGAAAUUUCAAAGAAAGAAUUGAAAAAGGUUUUUAUUCGAGAAUGGAACAGUCGCUAUCAGGGUAAGUUCGGCGCAUGGGAUGCCACAAACAUAAGUGGUAGUCAGUUGUUUCAUCUCGAAAAAGAACGAGCAAGGCCAAAUAAAGACACACUUCAGUCCAAAUUUCUACUUGGAGAUACAAAUCGGUGGGACUUUCCUGUGCUUUUCGAUGCAAUUCUUCAUUCCAACUCAAUUGGUGCUAGUCUUGACCCAACGAUCAAGACUGGAGUUGCAAGUCUCGAAAGCUUAGAAGAGGAAGUUGUACAUAAUUUACCGGGAGUGCUCACUAAUAAAGAGUAUCAAGCUAUGACUACUCACGUCGAAAAUGCAUUUAAAAUCUUGGGCCUUCACACUGAAGAGAUCGAACAAAUCAAAACAAGACGAAGACGCAGCAAUUUUCUUUUAUCUCAAUCCUUUAUUUCCGGUCCUGAGGACCUUGAAAAGCUAAAUUGUGAUAACGAGGACGAAUUUACUCACUUCGACAUCUAUAGAAAUCAAGGAAUUCGAAAAUCUCAACAGAUCAAUGAAGCUGGUGUAGAUAUAUGCGACGAUUAUAAUUGGUGGGUGAAAGCAAUUCAAAAAAUGUUAUUGAAUAGGAAAGAAUUCCAAGCUCUUUCUUACUUGUACAACAGCUUAGGAAAUGCUUGCCAAGAUAAAGGUAAUUACGAUCUUGCCAAAUUUUUUUAUCAGGAAGCACUGAAAUUCGGAAUUAAACAGGUAGGACCAAACCGCACUGCCGUUGCUACUAUUUAUAGCAAUUUGGCAAGUGUGUGUAGUGAUGGAGGAGAUCUAAAACAUGCUGUUAAUUAUUAUCAACAAGCAUUAGACAUUCAGUUACAACAACUAGGAUCGGACCAUAUAACUGUUGCUACUUCCUACAACAACCUGGGUGCGGUAUGUAGGGAUAAUGGUGAUUUCGAGGAUGCUGAAAGUUAUCAUCAAAAAGCUCUGAAAAUUCAAGUAGAGAAAUUAGGACCUAACCAUAUUGACCUGGCCACUUCUUACAACAACCUGGGUAUAGUCUGUAGAGAGAAAGGAUAUUUAGAACUUGCCAGUGAAUGUCAUCGAAGAGCGCUGGGAAUUCAAUUGGAAAACGUAGGACCAUACCAUACUGAUGUUGCAACCUCUUACUACAACCUUGGUAUUGUAUGUAGGAUGAAACAUGACCUGGAAAAUGCUAGUGAUUGCCAUCAACGCGCGCUGGAAAUCCGAUUGAAAAAAUUAGGAGAGAACAAUGUUGAAAUAGCCACUUCCUACAACAACCUGGGCUCGGUGUGUUGUGAUAAAGGUGACCUGGAACAUGCUUAUGAAUAUCAUCAGCGGGCACUGAAAAUAAAAUUAGAACAAUUAGGGCCAUAUCACAUUUCCGUUGCUACUUCUUACAACAAUUUGGGCAAUGUGUGUAGGAAAAAAGGUGAUUUGAAACAAGCUAGUGAUUAUUAUCUAUUGGCGCUGAAUAUUCAAUUAGAACAAUUAGGACCAAACCAUAUUGAUAUUGCUACUUCAUACAACAACCUGGGUAUUGUGUUUCGAGAUAAUGGUGAUCUGACAACAGCCAUUCAUUAUCAUCAACGGGCGCUAUAUAUUCGUCUUGAACAUUUAGGACCGAAUCAUAGCGAGGUUUCCUCCUGUCGGAAAAACCUCGGCGAUAUCUUUCAUGAAAAAGGUGAUCUAAAACAAGCUAAUGAAUAUUAUCAACAAGCGUUGAAACAAAAUUUGGAGCCAGCCUAUAUUGAAUUCACUGGUCCUUACAACAAUCAAGGCUCUCGGGAAAAGUGGUCUUGGGCACAGGUUCUUGACGAGGACUCCAACCUGAAGGAAGAUUACAAAAAUAAACUUCAAAGUUUAGAGUGGUUGGAAAGAUUCAAACUCAUUAAAGAUUACGAAGAAAACUCAAUUGAACAACGUUUGGAAAUCGUUUGCAAGUUCGGCAAUAUACCAAAUAUCAGUGACGUCGUAAAUAUUUUUGGCAAAGACAUCCUUCCCUUCAUCACAUAUGGGGAAGUCUCGAAGACUGAGUUGUUUGAAAAAACCAUAUUUGACACAAAUUACGAAAUGAAAAAUAAAUACGAGAAAGAGUUGUCAAGCUUGUCAUGGGUGAAAGAUUUUGAAAUCGGUUUUGAUGACAAAGAAGAGAAAACGUGGCAAAUAUACAUUACCUACGCCCAUAACGAAGCGCCGUCGAUGGUUGUGUUGAAAAGAAUUUUUGGUGUCCACAUCGCCUCUUUUGUUGACUUUAUCCAAGAAAAGGUCUUUGAAGAAGAGAAGAAAAGCAGCAAGAAAUCGCUCCUUCCAUCUGGCUUUCUUCGGGGACCAAGACCGGGAGAUAAAAUUUAUAAUAAGAAAAAAGAAAAUGGAACUGUAAGUAUUCUUGUUGCCCGAUCGCUUCCCUCUAUAAAACACUACGGAAUAACCGCCUACCAUGUUUGUUACAACAAGAAAUUACCGAAGAACAUCAAUAAAGCACACGAUAAACUAAAAAGAGACUACGAAAAAGGCUCAAAGAGAUGUGUAGGUGCCGUUUCUUUCGUUUGUACAGAAAGAACAACAAGACGCCCAGGCGAGUUUUCUCGUGGUAUAUAUAACGACAGGCAUGACAUUGCUCUUGUCCGACUGGAGGAUGAUAUUAAUUGUGAUGAUGCUGCUGCUCUAUUUGAAGAAGAAGGUAUUGAUAAACCAUUAGCUAGUAAAAAGGAAGUCGUAGAGAAGUUUAAAGAGAUGGGUGGACCUAUUCCUGUGGGAAAAAUUGGUUCAGAGACUAAAGGGCGGAAAGGAGAGCUUUCUACACCGUAUGGCAAGACAUUUGAGAACGGAAUGAACCGUGGUUUCUAUCGAAUUAGAGGAGAGGGUGGCGAAGCCUUUGCUGAAAGCAGUGACUCGGGAUGUUUAGUUUAUAUGAUAUGGAAGGAUGGCAGUAAGAUUCCUUUCGCCUAUGUAAGCAACACCCACGAAGGUGUCCACUACUGUCCUAAUUUGCGAUUCAGUUUAGAAGCAGUACGUUCUGAUGUUAAACCGUGUACAAGUGAAUGUGGCUUUCAAUAAUAUACAAGCUGCAUCAUUAAUUAACGUGCAUCAUGUGCACCAUUCAAAAUCACAUCGAAAUAAUAUAGACUGAUUAUUUUCAAUACUUUCACACAACUCCCAUUUGCAAAUCACAUAAUUAUUUUCCAACAUAUACUUCUGACAAAUAUAUAUAUUUAAAUAUUCACCAUAAUAAGCACAAAAUAAUUUACAUACGGAGAAUUGUAGCAGCAGAAAGAUAGCUAUGUAGCUAUUUCGUAGCAGAAAGCACGAGCUAUCACCCGAAGGCAAGCAAAAAAUGUACGAGCUCUGUCAGUAAUUUUUUUCUUUCUAAUAUUAAAACGUUUGUAUGUAUGUUGUAUGUAUGUAUGCAUGUUUAUUAAAAUAACUAGCCCGAGAGCUGAAUUGCAUAUUUACAAUUUUAAAAAUUUUCAUAAUAAUUUUCAAGUAGUACAAAACUAUUAUUAAAUGUGAUUAUAAGCCCAAUUUAAUCAUCAGGACAUUAUGAACUAAACCUAUAAAUAACGUUACAAAAUAUAUUAAUUGUUUAAAAAGAAGUAUGAAUAUUUUUUAUACAGUUUGACAUUAUAAAGUGCUCCUGUAGCGAUUUGUUUUCCAUUCCGGGAUAACAAAAUGUAACAGACUCUCGUAAAUCGUAUGGAGCGUUAAAUUAGGCAGGCAAUAAUUUAAACAUUAAACAAUUUAAACAUUUAAACAUUGAGAAAGCCCUUUUCUGAACGCGUUCUAGCUCAAGUUUCAAAUACUUCGCAAACCCAUCUAAAAAAACAGGAAUGGCAUAAGUUAAUACUGAUGUAAUGCACGUUGUGUAGAAGAGGAUUAGGU